GACCUCCGGUUUCUGCGUGCACUGCCACGUUAGUAGCGGUAGACACAAAAUACCAGCUACUCUCCCAGCCUUAAGCAACAAAAAAGACCGCAACCUGCACCACUUCUUACGCUUAAAGUCCCUCGUGUGCAUUCCCGCUGCUCUUGUGUCUCUGUUUGUAAGAAACUCGGUGCUAAAAUGUGGAAGUUUAUCUUGCUGUGCGCUGUGGCUGUAGCCCGAGCUGAGAUAACUGAGGAGGAAGAUGUUCUGGUGCUGAAGAAAAGUAACUUUGACGAGGCCCUAAAAGCUCAUCCGAACAUCCUCGUUGAAUUCUAUGCUCCAUGGUGUGGUCACUGCAAGGCCCUGGCCCCAGAGUACGCCAAGGCGGCUGGGAUGCUGAAGGCUGAGGGCUCAGAAAUCCGCCUGGGCAAAGUCGAUGCCACAGAAGAGACAGAAAUGGCUCAGGAGUAUGGCGUGAGGGGCUAUCCCACCAUCAAGUUCUUCAAGGGAGGAGAGAAGUCUUCACCCAAAGAGUAUUCUGCUGGCAGACAGGCUGAUGACAUUGUGAACUGGCUGAAGAAGCGCACGGGCCCCGCUGUCGCCGCACUGGACGGAGUCACUGGAGCAGAGUCUCUCAUCGCUGACAAUGAAGUUGCAGUCAUUGGGUUCUUCAAGGAUCCAAAGUCUGCUGAUGCCCAAGCCUUUGAGAAGGCAGCAGAGGCCAUUGAUGACAUCCCCUUCGCCUCCACAUCUGAUGACGCAGUUUACUCAAAGUUUGAAGUGGCCAAGGAUGGUGUUGUCCUGUUCAAGAAGUUUGAUGAGGGACGCAAUACUUUUGAUGGAGAGCUGACUAAAGAAAACCUGUUGGCUUUUGUCAAGGCCAACCAGCUGCCCCUGGUCAUCGAGUUCACAGAGCAGACUGCUCCUAAAAUCUUUGGAGGAGACAUCAAGUCCCACAUCCUCAUGUUCCUGCCCAAAGGUGCCUCAGACUUCCAGGAGAAGAUGGAUGAGUUCAAGAAGGCAGCUGCAGGAUUCAAGGGCAAAAUCCUCUUCAUCUUUAUCGACAGCGACGUGGACGAUAACCAGAGAAUCCUGGAGUUUUUUGGUCUGAAGAAAGAGGAGUGUCCUGCCAUCCGCCUUAUCACCCUGGAGGAUGAGAUGACCAAGUACAAGCCCGAGAGUGACGCCAUCACAUCAGAAGGAAUUACAGAGUUCUGCACACUGUUUACAGAGGGAAAACUCAAGCCUCACCUCAUGAGCCAAGACAUCCCUGACGAUUGGGACAAGACCCCUGUCAAAGUCCUGGUCGGGAAGAACUUUGAGGAAGUUGCCUUCAACCCAUCAAAGAAUGUCUUUGUUGAGUUCUAUGCCCCCUGGUGUGGACACUGCAAACAGCUGGCUCCUAUCUGGGAUAAACUAGGAGAGAAAUACAAGGACAACGCAGACAUCAUUGUUGCCAAAAUGGACUCCACAGCCAAUGAGAUCGAGGCCGUCAAAGUGCACAGCUUUCCCACUCUCAAAUUCUUCCCCGCAGGGGAUGACCGCAAGGUGAUUGACUACAAUGGAGAGAGAACACUAGAGGGCUUCAGUAAGUUCUUGGAGAGCGGAGGUAAAGAUGGAGGAGCCCCAGCUGGAGAUGAGGAUGAAGAUGUUGAAGACGAUUUGGACGAUUUGGACGAGGGACAGGGUGAGGACUCUGAUGGAGAGGACGACGGACAUGACGAGUUGUAAAAUCUAAAAAACAAAAACAGGAGAAAGGAGACAUGUCCCGCCCCAAACCAGUCACCAUCACUACCUUCACUUACUUUGCCCCUAUUUUCUGUCCCAUGAACAUUAACACAUCCCCUUUAACUGCCUAAGGGUCAGUCAAACACCAGAUAGUCCUUCGCCAUGGGACCGCCAGCUGCAACUCUGCUACUGGCGAAAAAACGGGAUGAAGUGGAAAAAAGAAGGAAAAACUCACCAUGUUUUUUUAUAUCUUCGUAGGAGACCUCAAUGCCUUCUCUACAAAGCUCCACAUCAGCUGUUUGCCUAGAUUCAAACCAAAUGUAAAAGUGGCAUUGUAGUUCAUUUAUCAUCAAUGUUCUUUUCAACUAUCUUUUGAAUACACUUUGCCAUUGUUCACUGCGGGGCCUGGGCAGAAUUGAGUGUAACAUCAUCCCAUCCAUCUGUCCUAUCUUUUUGUCCUUUUCUCUUUGAUUUGAAUGCAGAGGACCAGUUUUUGUGGUUGGUUUGUAGAGCGAUUCCUCAGGGGGACAUGGGGAUAUCCUAUUGGUGUGUUUUUGUAUUGAAGUCCGCACCCUCUGAUCUUGUCUAGCAUAUCACAAAGUCCUUUCCCUCCAUUUGUAACUUAGACCAAUUCAUUUUACUUUUUAGGUUGGGAAGCCUACUUUAUUUUGCUUUCAUUCCCUUGUCAUCUUCCCAAUAUAGUCUCCUCAUUUCGCAUUGCUGCUUGCAUUUUGUAAAAAAAAUAUAUAAUGGUUAACGUUUUGGGGUAAAUUGUGUUAUUUAAUUGCUUUCAUUGAGGAUUUUUAUAAUUUAGGUUUUGUCAUUUUUAAUAGUGUUCAAAUGUGCCCAGUUGUAGUACGUUGGCCUUGUGGGGGCCCCUUACACACAAUUUUCAAGAGUUCAAACUGAUAACUCUUAAUAGGUUGCACUGCAUUUAUGCCUAUUUGGAGAUUUACUACUAAGCACGCAGGCAGACUGGUGCAGAUUACUGGUCAGGCUGGUCUGAGAAUUACAAAGAAAAGGGAGCAGUUGCAAAGCCCUAUCCCGCACUUAUUAUGUACUUAAAACAUCCCAUUUGGGUCAACCUUGUAUGUUGUUGCUGCAGUGUGCUAUGGGUAUGUUUGUAUUGAGUGAAUGGUAAUUGUGUGAUCAGUAAAGCGACUGUGGCUAUACUUUGUGCAUUAACAGGUGCGUGAAUGUGUGGGUGUUUACUUGUGUGAGUGAGUACUUGUGUGGAUGAUGUGAGGUGUCAGCUCGAGUCCAGGGGAUGAAUGUAACAACUGUACAACUGUGUAGGGAAAAACGCAACUUAAGCAUUCCAUCAUGUUCAAAUUGAUGUGGAAACGUGAAAUGGUGGCCAAUAAAAUUAUGAAAAUUA